AUGUUUGACGGCACGAAAGGGUGUUCUUCCAUUGACUAUGCGGGCUCGCUCGUGACGGUCUGUAGUACCGACAGCUACCAAUCCAUCUGCGUGGAUGAUAACAACGGAAACGUCAAAUGCAACAUGACGCUUGGCAGCGCAUUUUCCGUCGAUGGGGAUCUUCCUCAUUUCUUCUUAUCCUACGGUACCAUUGCAUGGAUCAGUAACGUUAUCGGAUGCUACAUUUGGUUCUGCAUUAUGUCCGGCAAUGCGCCCAUCAAUCCAACCCGAAAGAUCAAGCACAAGACGCUCGUCUGCCUGGGAGGCUUCGCAUACGCUAUAUUUCUGGUAGCAGUUGCCGCCAUCAAAGUUCCCAAGAUGAAGGACCGAAACCUCAAGCUCAUUGCCAUCGGACACGUCGUUGCUACAGUCAUCAUACAGGGGGCUAUUCUUUGUAUGAUGAAGAGCAAUGCCAUGGACGAUACGGAGAAGACGAAGAACAAGGGCGAAGAUCAAAUUGUCAAAGAGAAACUCGACACAGAUGUGCCGACCAACGGCAAGGACAGUGUUUCCCCUCGUCCCUCGAGAGAGUCCACACGAUCGAAUACCUCAACGAGUACAGCGGUCUCAACGUCAGAAAAGACUGGGUUCCUGAAAAGUUUCACCAGAAAAAUCCCAGGAGUACAGACGACUGAAGAAGUAUCUGAAGCUGAGACCACUGGUACAGAAACUCCAAAGAAGGAGGAGACAGUAGCAGAGGGACUUGCGAGUAUGAUGACGGGCCUGUCAUUCCUGUCUCCCGGCCACUUGAUGAUGUUAUGGGGCGCAAUACGCCUUGCGAAGUGCAUCUUCGUAGACAGAGAGAACAACGACACCAGACAACAGCGCGAAACCAGAGACAGUCUCAUUCUCUUUGGUUUCGUAUACGGGUUGGUUCUCGUCAUCAACAUUGUCUGCAUCCUCAACUAUUUUUCUCAAGGUGCCGCGAAGUCUCAGGACGAAGAGAGCGUCAACAACGAGGAAAAAGAGAAGAGACGCGCCGCAGAAGCAAAGAAACAUUAUUUGCUGUAG